AUGCGAGAAAUUGUAAACAUUCAAGUUGGGCAGUGUGGCAAUCAAAUUGGAACCAAGUUCUGGGGCGAGAUCAUUGAUGAGCAUGGCAUUGACCCUGCUGGAUACUACAUGGGGGAUUCAUCUGUGCAGCUAGAAAGAGUCAAUGUCUACUUCAGUGAGCCCUCUGGUAAGUCUGUUUGCUCCAACAAGUUUGUCCCAAGAUCCAUUAUGGUGGACUUGGAGCCUGGUACCAUGGACAGUGUCCGUUCUGGACACCUUGGCAACCUUUUCAGUCCCGACAACUACAUUUUUGGUCAGAAUGGAGCUGGUAACAACUGGGCCAAAGGUCACUACACGGAGGGCAGUGAGCUGAUCGAUGAGAUCCUGGACAAGGUGCGGAGGGAGAGUGAGGCCUGCGACUGGCUGCAGGGUUUCCAGCUCCUGCACUCGCUGGGCGGGGGCACGGGGUCAGGCCUGGGCAGCCUGCUCCUGGCCAAAGUGCGGGAAGAGUUUCCUGACCGCAUGAUGAGCACCUUCAGUGUGCUGCCUUCUCCCAAAGUGUCUGACACGGUGGUGGAGCCCUACAAUGCCACACUCUCCGUCCACCAGCUGCUGGACCAUGCCGACGCAUCGUUCUGCUUCGACAACGAGGCGCUGUACGACAUCUGUUUCCACACGCUCAAGCUGCCCUCCCCCACCUAUGGUGACCUCAACCACCUGGUCUCAGCCACUAUGAGUGGAGUCACCACCUGCCUACGCUACCCGGGGCAGCUCAAUGCUGACCUGCGCAAGCUGGCGGUCAACAUGGUGCCCUUCCCUCGCUUGCACUUCUUCAUGCCAGGGUUCGCCCCACUGACGGCAAGGGGCAGCGCGAGUUACCGCGCCCUCACCGUGUCCGAGUUGACCCAUGAAAUGUUCAGCGCCAAGAACAUGAUGGCGGCGUGCGACCCCAGCCGCGGUCAUUACCUGACCGUUGCGGCCAUGUUCCGCGGCCACCUGUCCAUGAAGGAGGUAGACGAACAGAUGCUGAGCAUGCAGCGCAAACACUGCGGCCACUUUGUGGACUGGUUGCCCAGCAACAUCACGGUGUCCGCCUGCGACGUGCCUCCGAGGGGCCUCAAGAUGGCAUCCACUUUCGUGGGCAACAGCACGGCCAUCCAGGAGAUCUUCAAGCGCAUCGUGGCCCAGCACACCGCCAUGUUCCGGAGCAAGGCCUUCCUCCACUGGUACACUGGCGAGGGCAUGGAUGAGAUGGAGUUCACUGAGGCAGAAAGCAAUGUCAAUGACCUGGUGGCUGAGUAUCAGGUGUGUCAGGAUGCUUCUGCACAUGAGGAUGAUGAGCUGUUUGAGGAGGAGGAAGAACCAGAUAUCUAG